ACAUGACGUCGCCGACCUAACCUUGCGUGUUGCGCGAUUCUGGUUAGAGGGUUACUAGUGCGUCUAGCUCUGGCUAUUGUAAUUAGACUGGUGGCCGACUUUCAUGCUUCUCUCUGGUUCAGCUAAAUUGUAAAAUCUAGUGUAAUGAUAGUGCAAAGUGACAAGUACAGAGAGUGUAUAAUGCAAGAUUCUUGUUUAUUAACCUAACCGCGCGCGCGGCUUGUGAUUUGUUAACGUAUCUUAUAGCUUGGUUUGAGUUUAACCAAUGAGAAGUACGACGCCAGUGGGAGAACUCUGGAUGAUAACGCUGCGAUAAGAAUUUUCGUCGUAAUGAGACAACUCUGUGCUAAUUGAAAAAAAAUUAGUAAUCCAUCCACACACGAGAACAGACAGCUCGGAAUUAAAUUAGUGCUAAGCAGCUGAUCAGUCACUAACCGGUGGGACAGCUAUCUGUAGUGCUAUCCUAUCGUGACAUAGGCGGGAAAAAUUAAUUGGAAGAAUGACAAGGCAAUUUCAUUUUCUACGUACGAUAAGUUGAAGGUCAAUAAGCAUUGGUUGUUGACCUCGAAAACAAUAUUCCACGAAGCAAAGUGGUGAUAGAGUGAUAGUGGAGAGAUGAUAGGAGAUAAUGUAAUAUAUAAGAAUUCUAAAAUUUGAGAUUUGAAAUUUUUAUUGCGUAAUAUAGACGCAAUAUUUCGUUUACUUUUUUUAAAAUAUAAUAGACAUCUUUUAUUCUGUUAUAAUUUUGAGUAAAUAAUAUAAAUAUAUUUAAUUCUCAACAAUUUUAUCUCGAUAUAAGUUUGCUGGAUAAAGAUUUUGCUAAGUGAGAUUUAUCUUGAAACGUGUAUAUAUUCCUGAAAAACACCAGCCUCAUUUUCAGUAUCUAUGCAUGAUAAAAGUGUGUGAUAAUUAAGAACACACGAUGCGUCUGGUAAUUUGUGAUACAGUAGAUCAUGUUUCCGAAUGGUCUGCAAAAUAUGUCUUAAAAAAAAUUAAAGACUUUAAUCCUAAUGAAAACAAGUAUUUUGUUCUCGGCCUCCCUACAGGUGGCACACCCCUGGGAAUGUACAAGAAGCUCAUAGAAUUUCAUAAAGCAGGCAAACUCUCCUUCAAAUACGUCAAGACAUUCAACAUGGACGAGUACGUCGAUUUACCUAGAGAUCAUCCGGAAUCCUAUCAUUAUUACAUGUAUCAUAACUUCUUUAAACAUAUAGACAUCGACCCAGAAAAUGUGCAUAUACUCGAUGGAAAUGCACCUGAUCUUGAGAAAGAAUGCGACGACUUUGAAAUAAAGAUAAAAGAGGCUGGUGGAAUAGAAUUAUUUAUUGGAGGUAUCGGUCCGGACGGACAUAUAGCUUUCAACGAACCGGGAUCGUCAUUAGCUUCUCGCACGAGAGUGAAGACUCUUGCGCAAGAUACCUUGGAAGCUAAUGCAAGAUUUUUUGGCAACGAUAUCAACAAAGUGCCGAAACAAGCGCUGACUGUGGGCGUCGGCACUGUAAUGGAUGCUAAGGAAGUAAUGAUUCUUAUCACUGGUUCUCAUAAAGCAUUUGCACUUUACAAAGCGAUAGAGGAGGGUAUCAAUCAUAUGUGGACGGUAUCUGCAUUUCAACAACAUCCACGUACACUCAUAAUUUGCGAUGAGGACGCGACUCUGGAGUUACGUGUGAAAACUGUGAAGUAUUUCAAGGCUCUCAGUGACGUACACCUCAAAUUGAUUGAGGAAGAAGGACAUGCAAUUCUUCGUCGUACAGUGCAAAACGAUUGAAAUGCUUUUAACAGAUACUCAUAACGAACUGAUCGAGAAAGAAGGUGAUGGACUUAUACAAAAAGAAUUUUAAACAAUCGGAAGUAUCAGCGUGCAGACGAACUCGCUGCGAUUGAAAUGAAAUCAUAAAAUAUAAUGCAACAUUUUUAUAUUUGUUAUUUUAAUCAUAUUUCACGUAUAAAAAGAUUUUUCUAUACGCCGUUUUAUAAACUGCCAUAUAAAUAUCAGGAAAAUAUAUUUUUAUAUUAUCGUUCUACUGUUCCCAGAAUAAAUGUAUUCUUUUUAUUGUA